CUGACGGCUGCCGGCCCGCAGGUCUCCGGGACCCCGAGAGCCGAGCGGGAAGAGCUCCACACCGACCCUCGCGGAGAGAGCCGCUGCUGCCCGCGUCCCCCUUCGCCCCUCGCGGCUCCUCUCCGCCGUGGCCAGUGGCCAGAUCUGACCAUGAGCUACCCAGGCUAUCCCCCGCCCACAGGUGGCUACCCCCCGGUUGCACCAGGUGGUGGUGCCUGGGGAGGUGCUGGCUACCCCCAGCCCAACAUGCCCCCUAUUGGGCUGGAUAACGUGGCCAACUAUGCAGGGCAGUUCAACCAGGACUACCUCUCAGGAAUGGCAGCCAACAUGUCCGGGACGUUCGGAGGAGCCAACGUGCCAAACCUGUACCCUGGGGUCCCUGGGGGUGGUUACCCUCCUAUCCCCCCUGGGGGUUUUGGGCAGCCUUCUACCACCCAGCAGCCUGUUCCUCCAUAUGGAAUGUACCCACCCUCUGGAGGAAACCCACCAUCUGGGAUGCCUUCAUACCCGCCAUACCCAGGGGCCCCUGUGCCAGGUCAGCCCAUGCCACCUCCUGGACAGCAGCCCCCAGGGUCCUACCCCGGGCAGCCACCAAUGACAUAUCCUGGGCAGUCACCAAUGCCACCUCCUGGGCAGCAGCCCCCAGGGGCCUACCCUGGGCAGUCACCAAUGCCACCUCCUGGGCAGCAGCAACAGCAGCCAGUGCCAAGCUACCCAGGAUACCAAGGGUCCGCAGCCAUCACCCCUGCCGUGCCUCCGUCCCAGUUCGGAAAGCGAGGCACCAUCACAGAUGCUCCUGGCUUUGACCCCUUGCGAGACGCUGAGGUCCUGCGAAAGGCGAUGAAAGGCUUUGGGACUGAUGAGCAGGCCAUCAUUGACUGCUUGGGGAGUCGCUCCAACAAGCAGCGGCAGCAGAUCCUCCUGUCCUUCAAGACAGCUUAUGGGAAGGAUUUAAUCAAAGAUCUGAAAUCUGAACUGUCAGGAAACUUUGAGAAGACUAUCUUGGCUAUGAUGAAGACCCCAAUCCUCUUUGAUGUUUAUGAGAUAAAGGAAGCCAUCAAGGGGGCGGGCACUGAUGAAGCCUGCCUGAUUGAGAUCCUCGCCUCCCGCAACAACGAGCACAUCCGGGAACUGAGCAGAGCCUACCAAGCAGAAUUCAAAAAGACCCUGGAGGAGGCCAUUCGAAGCGACACGUCAGGACACUUCCAGCGGCUCCUCAUCUCUCUCUCUCAGGGAAACCGGGAUGAAAGCACAAAUGUGGACAUGUCACUUGUCCAGAGAGAUGUCCAGGAACUGUACGCCGCUGGGGAGAACCGCCUGGGAACAGACGAGUCCAAGUUCAAUGCAAUCCUGUGCUCCCGGAGCCGGGCCCAUCUGGUGGCAGUUUUCAAUGAGUAUCAGCGGAUGACAGGUCGAGACAUUGAGAAGAGCAUCUGCCGGGAGAUGUCCGGGGACCUGGAGCAGGGCAUGCUGGCCGUGGUGAAAUGUCUCAAGAAUACCCCUGCCUUCUUCGCGGAAAGGCUCAACAAGGCCAUGAGGGGAGCAGGAACAAAGGACCGGACCCUGAUUCGCAUCAUGGUGUCUCGCAGUGAGAUUGACCUUCUGGACAUCAGAAUGGAGUACAAGCGGCUGUACGGCAAGUCGCUGUACCACGACAUCACGGGAGACACCUCUGGGGAUUACCGGAAGAUUCUGCUGAAGAUCUGUGGUGGCAACGACUGAGCAGUGACCGGUGGCUCACUUCUGUCCACCUGCCAGCGGCAGCGAUGCCAGGAAAAGGCCAAAAGAAUGUCUGUCUGUUUCUGUCAACCCACAAAAUAGCCCCAUCCCAGUGUGACAACCCUACAGCCUUGGCCCUUCCUCCACUCCUGCCUCCUGGUGGUGAAUUGCGCCCUGCUGAAGGCCGGGGUCGGGCUGGAACUCUCUCAGGAUGCCUUUCCCUGUCCGCCCCCACGGCCUCUAGCUGCUAAAGUAGAUGUUUUAUUUCCUAACUCAUGUAGUCUUCCCCUUUGCUUGUAGCUGAGACACUCGGCUCCAUUUUAGUCAUGUCAUUUGAAUGUUUAUUUGGAGGCAUUUUUCAUAGUCAUUGCCAGACAGGUGCACAGCAGCUGCCGCACGCAUUUCAGGUGAGGGCGGGGCCGCGCCUCGCCCAGCAGUAGGAGGGAAGACGACCUCUCAGGGUAGUCUGAGUCUGGUGAGAAUGUGCCAUGAGCUUCAUUAUUGCCAAACUCACUGCUUUUUAGAAAAGAAAAAAAAAA